CGAGUCCGACCCGAGCGACCAGAACCCUCGCACAAGCGCGGCGUUGGCAAUUGGCGGCGGCGAAGGCGAAGGCACACGAACUAGCUUGGCGGCGGCGCGCAGCGGGGGAGAGGAGAUGCCGCGGCCGGAGGUACAGGCGCCGCCGGAGAUAUUCUACAACGAGGUGGAGGCGCGCAAGUACACCACUUCCUCCCGUAUCAUCGAAAUCCAGGCGAGGAUUUCCGAGAGGGCGCUGGAGCUACUCGCGCUCCCCGACGAUGGCGUCCCCAAGAUGCUCCUCGACAUCGGGUGUGGUUCUGGACUCAGUGGCGAGACAUUGACAGAGCAUGGCCACCACUGGAUUGGCUGUGAUAUUUCAAAGUCGAUGCUCGAUGUUGCUCUAGAGCGUGAAACAGAGGGAGACCUCCUCCUCGCAGAUAUGGGCGAGGGCUUAGGAUUGCGGCCAGGAGUCAUUGAUGGUGCUAUUAGUAUUUCAGCAGUUCAGUGGUUAUGUAAUGCUGACAAGUCUUCCCAUGAACCAAGAUUGCGGUUAAAGGCAUUCUUUGGAUCACUAUAUAGAUGCUUAGCAAGGGGAGCAAGAGCUGUUCUGCAAUUUUAUGCUGAUAAUGUGAAGCAGAGUGAAAUGCUCGUGUCUUUUGCCAUGAGGGCUGGAUUCGCUGGUGGAGUAGUUAUUGACUGGCCUCAUAGUUCAAAAGCAAAGAAAUCCUACCUUGUCCUCACUUGUGGUGCACCUUCUGUUAAUACAUCCCUUCCAAAGGGGAAGGGUCAAGAUGGUGAGGCGUGCAGUGAUGACGAUGACGAUGAUGACAGUGAUGAUGACCAAACAGUUGGCACAUACGGAAGGGACAGGAUGAAGAAGAGGCAGAAGGUGAACAAGAACAAUAGAGGCAAGGACUGGCUCUUGAGGAAAAAGGAGCAGAUGAGAAAGAGAGGGCGUGAUGUACCAGCAGACACGAAAUACACAGGGCGGAAGCGGAAGAGCCGCUUCUAAGUCAGUAGUUGUUGGCGUGCCUAUUCCACACUUCGUGGGUUGUUUAGUUGUAGCAAAUCAGAUCAGAGCCAACAUGAAUGUUGUACUUAAAUAGUUAAGGAAUGUGUUUCCUUUGUACAACACAGAGAGCAGCAGUUUUGAGUUUUGACAGUGCUAUGAUGUUCGUUAUAAUUUUUCAAGGAUAUUAUGUCAUUGUUGUUUACUGAAUGUUCGCAUGGAUUGGAUCUGUGCACAACUUAUAUACCGGGUGGAUGCAGUUUUCGGUGCAUCAUGCUUGCA